AUGUAUGGCAGAGCAUUUAUGGUAUGCAUUGCAGACAGUAACAUCUAUACUCCUUUAAAAGGUUACAGUGGGGAGAAUGUUUCACCAAGGAACAUUUCCAUUGGAAUAUCAAGAAAUGGUCUGACUAACGGUCUAUCAGAGGAGGAUGAGGAUGAUUUAAAGAUGGAGCUAGCAAAGGUGUUCUUCUCUCAGUGUUUGUCCAACGUUGCCAUUUUGUCCCAUUCUUCAUGUUGUCAAACAUUGUCAUAUUCAUGUAUGUUGAAUGUGUCUCUUAAGAUAAUAUUUUGUUCAGAUGUUAUUUUGCAUCAUACCCAAAUGAAUGAAAAAAGACAAGUCAUAGAAUAAUUUCCAAUCCAAUUAUGUCUCAACUAUACCUCUGGAUCCUUGAAGGUAAUAUUUUCUGUCAUUUUGUUCUGCUCAGACAGAGGAUGAGAUACAGACAUUACGGCAGGUCCUCUUGGCCAAAGAGAAAUAUGCGGUGGACAUCAAGAGGCAGCUGGGUAUGGGCCCCUUCAGUGAGAUUAAACAGAACAUGUCCAAAGGCUGGCAUGAAGUCCAAACCUCCAAU